UGUUCUGUGGUAUCGCCGAAGUGUGGUGUCUGUGGUGAUCGUUGCGGCAUGGGGUUGUAUGGGUGUUCUGUGGUACAAUGACAUUUGUUGCUCAGCUGCCGGUGCUACCGCAAGGGAUCUAGAACAGAGCUUCUGCUGUUUGUUGUGCCCAUGGAGAUCUAGCCUGACGCUGCAUUGUUGACAACAAAUAGCCGCAAGUGCUGAUUGCUGCUGGUCAGCUCAGUCCAGAAUUUGGCCUCAGAAAUGCAAUGAGGCUUGGUGAAUGCAUCACUGUUGCCAACGCGGCAUGCCCCGCCCCUUCCAAAGUCAUCAGUCAAGUCGAGGUUGGUCUGCAGUGCAGCUUGCCUUUGGCCGACAAGUCUGUCGGGUGCUCCUUUAAAACAGGGAGCGAGUCGAGGAGCGUGCAGACUACAGAGGCUGUAGAUCCGUCAAGCUCCACCUCAGAGACGAGGGAAGAAAUGGACACGUUUGCCAAAGCGUACAGCGACGGGUGCCGUAGGAGGGUGCCGAACUCUGCAGUACAGAAGAGGGUGGCUAACGGCAAGGACAAGAUGCCUGAACCAACACGGAAGCUCAGGAGAACCGUUCAACGGAAACACGAAGUAGAGCUGCUGGCUGAAUCAGAUAAAGAAAGCAUAGUGGACACGGCAGAAAUAGUUCCGAAAGGAACUUACGAUGCACUGCAGAUGAGGCUACUUAGGCUAGAAAAGGAAUUUGAAGCCAUAAAACAGGAGAAAUUGGCACAGCACAUUGCUGGGCAGCAGGACCAUGAGUCUGCCUGCCAAAACUGCAAGAAGCUUGAGGAUGAACUGGAAAAAGUUCGAAGUUUGAACAAGGACUUACAGAGGAGCCUUCUGUCGAAGAUUUUUUCGGCCGAAAGCAGAAUAAUAUACGCACAAUCACUCGAUGUGUCAGUGCGUGCAACAUCGAUGCUUCCCCACAGUGUUGACAAAGCCCCAAGUGAGACUGCAGUCACAGCUUCACAUGGCAAGAGCAAGUCCUUUACCAGACUCCUUUCAGCCAGAGCUGUGCCGGGUAAUGUGCAAGAACAGCAUUUGCCACCACCUGGUGCACCCACUGCCUGCCCUGCGUCAGCAGGUGUUGGUGCAAGCCAAUCUGGGCCACCAGAUGCCCUGAGUAAGGAGGCUGUCCAAGACAGUGACAGUUUGGGUGACCUGGAGCCUGGCAGUAGCCAGGGAGAAUUUGGCGGCAGCCAGGAAGAAUUAAGCAGCAGCCAGGAAGAAUUAAGCUGCAGCCAGGAAAUUGCUUUGGGUCUGGAAGACACUGCUAUUGGGUCUACGAGAGAUGAUGGCAAGGUCUACGCUGGCAGUGGAUACUGGCUGGACAAAGAAGCAUGGGGCAUGCUUAUGAAAUCCCCCAGCGAUUCGAUGUUCUGCCGGUUGGCGUCCAUGGUGUAUUGGACACCGGACCAACUAAGGUCUCGUAGCGUGACCGGGUCAUUGUCAAACAGAUACAGGUCGUUUGGGAAUACCGAGGCGAAGCCAGCGCUUUCGCCGCAGAAAGUCGCUUCUCUGAAAGCCGUUUUCCGCAUCUUCAUUGGGGACGCCGUGCCCGAAGACACCAGAGAAAAGCGACUGAAGUGUGUGAGGAGGCACCUGGCACAGAAGCUGGGGGACAUGCAGAGGAAGAACUGAUCCUGACAGGCUGUGGGAUUUCCGCCAUGGGAUUUCCGCCAACUAAAUUCUAGCCAAGGUUGAAGACAUUGUAUAGCGUUGUAGAGUGUUGGUAUAGCAUACUAGAGGUUGGAUUGCGCAACAUUUCAAUGAGGCACACAGAAGAGAAACACACACAACAGAGCACUUUGUUGUUGUGUGUUUCUCUUCUGUGGGUCCCGUCGAAAUGUUGCGCAAUCCAACCUCUAAAAUCAUUCUGUUCAUUAAUAAAACAAACCUGAAAUAUGUCAUUGUCAUCAUGUCAAAAUCAAGUAGUCGUAUAGACAUAAAUCAUUCAUUCACUUUUUACAGCAGUCGCAUUAAUAAACCAUAUUAAAUCUACUGGCGCAAAUGUAGAGCAAAAUGUCGGUUCCAACCAAGCUGAUACUUAAAGUACCGCUGGCCAUGAGUAGGCAGGCAAAAAACAAAUGCAAGCCUAAGCUCUUAGGUAACCAUGAGCAGGCAUUGAUGAGCAGACUGGCACGUGCAGACUGAUACGUGCAGACCGAUAAAUGCAGGCCCAUACAUGCAGGCCGAUACAUGCAAGCCCAAAUUACGUGUUCCUUUAGACUGAAAGCCUGUUGGAUUAUUUUGACUGGGCAGCGAGUCUCUUAGUUAUGCCUAAGUCAGUAUAUUAGUGUAAAAAUAUAAAUAUAGACCAAUGCGGAAUAUAAGUCAACCCAUGUUCGAGGUCAAUAAAAUUCAAACAAAAUUUGAAUUCUUUGAUGCAGUUACUUUGUUUUAUCAAUAUGCUCUGUCAAGAAGACGACGUGCCUCCGUCCAGCAGCAUCACCAACGCUCAGCUCGCGCUGCUGGUUGUUGGUCUCUUGAGACAGUGCCUCAUGCUGCCUUGCUGUUCCUUGAACUCAUAGCAUCCUUGAAGGACACUGUCAAUAAACCU